AUGGUUUCUACUAACAUCCAAAAUUUGGGUCUGACUGAUGAAUUGCUUAAGCAUAUGAAGUUGGAGCAGGGUGAGGUGACUGUGGCUACGCUGUCAGGCAAGUCCGUGGACUCGCCUAUCCAUGGUGGCAUAAUCCUGACUUGGAUGUUUGAAUUGGACGGAAACCACCUCACCAGUGUUCGGUUUGGAAGAAAGAUUAGCAGUUCAAACUGGUCUUUCGGUUUCUCCUUUUGGUGUUGCCAUGUACUCGCCAAAUCUGAUGAGAGUCGCUGGGUGAUCGACAUGUCGCUGCAAUCAGCGCCAAUAAGCAUUCGAUUACAUGAUGUAAGACGACCAAGGGGAUGCAUCCAAACCCUUUACUGUGGAGAAAACGGGCUGCUGCAGCAACGAUUUGCUAAUCCCAGGACUGCGGACACUGCAAUCUGCUGUCUUGCGGAGGCCUUGAUAGCGUGCACAAUUGUGAGCACCUUGCAUUCCGAGCUGACAGGAGAUCAAAGAAGCUUCACCUCUACCUUUGGAAACCUACUUCCAACACUAUACAACAGUGCUGAGAUUGCCAUUGUUUCACCAGUCAGAGAGGAGCUCAUCUUCCGUGGCUUAGUUCUGCAGGCUCUGAUAAACCGGGUUCCGCUACACCCGAAAGCUUGUCUCACGGCGCAGGCGAUGCUUUUUGGCAUAUUCCACCUGACAAAUGCAGCCCGCCGGCAGCGUCGUUUCAUUUUUGUCCAGACCCUGUCUGCAAUAAUAACUGGCGCCUUCUACGGAGCUUUUUCCAUGCAUGUUCGUUGUCUCUGGGAUACAGCAUUCCUGCAUUGUGUUCACAACGCAAUUGCGUCGCAUGCCUUCGAGAUGAACAACACGAUUAUUCUCGACCUGAAAGCCCGUGAUAUAACCGCUAGGAUAUAUCAGCCUGGAUCUUGUAACAAGAUUUCAAAUUCGUACGAGUAUGCAGCUCGGCAUCUAGCAAAGCUUUGGCUCGACGUCAGCAAGCUAGGAACUCAUCAAGAUAUUGAAAUUCAAGACUGCGAUGAUUUUCGUGACUGGCUUGAAAACCCUUGGGAAGUAUUGUGGAGACAUCGGGCUUUCCCCAAGCACUUGCUUGCCGUCGAAAAUAUUCUGUUUGAUAGCUCAACCUCAAUAAUAGCGACUGCAACUUGUCACACAGCCCGAACAAUCGUAAGAAUGCGAGAAUUGGGUGUGUCUCUCAGCUCAGCACUCAAUCUUAAUCUCACGGAUUUACAAGCGUGUGCCGUAAAAUUAAUUUCUGAAAGUAUGGCAAUCUCUGCAGUCAUAAAAGCUCUUGAAAAUAGAGUACACUGCUCAAAGUUCCGAGCGCUUGGGAACCCGACUCUGAAUGAAGAUAGUGCCGAAUUUGGUUGGUUUCCAACAUGCGACAUACAAACAGACACACUUCCCACCAGACGCAUUAUAACGCCGAUCGAACGUAUGCUAAACGCAUGCAGCGGCUUUGGGCGCGCAAAGCUUGGUCGGCAAUCUCAAAAACGAUUGCAACGCUCACUUCCUCUCUGCAAACAGACUCUAUUAUCGACUUGGAAAUACACAACAUAUCAAUGUUUUGACAUGCUUCAUGAUGUACAAUCGCUACUCACGAGAACCGCUGCAGCGGGAACCCUCGCCGACUCAGCUUUGACAACUUAUAAGCUGAGUGUGGCCAGAGACGCAUAUUGCACCUUGGCACAAACCAGAUGGCACUUUGAUGACGCUACCUUGAGCUUCGAUGCGGUUCUGGAGACAGCCUUGCUGCGAUGUAUUUCCAGAGCUGCGGGUCCUGACCAGGAGCAGCUGGAUCGAUCGAAGGCUCAAGCCAAUAUGUUGGAUACAAUAUACUUUAAGGAGCAUAGCAUGCAAGCAUCCGUGUGCUUCCGCUUUGGAAAGAUUGAGGUCGCCAAGCCGGUUUUUGACACAUGCUUGCUUGAGAGCUCAUGCCUAGCAGACCACGUCAAAUAUCAGGUUCACAACCGUCGUGAGCUUUGUGCGUCUGCGCUAUUAAAGCGCACCAAGGUAAGCCCAGGCUCCUUGAAAUGCACUUGGAAAUUUGCCAGCGCCCAUGAAAGCAUAUCUGUGGCUGUGUUGGGCUUAGCCCUUGGAUUGCUACAUGGAUCGAUCCACCCUUCGCAUCACUUUCAAAGAGACUCACAAUUUCAGCCCCUGGCCAUCUUCGUCGAGAGUACGGUGCAGAACUUAAUGUUUCCACAAUUAGGCAAAGAGGUGCAUCGAAUAGUCGGGGUUGCCGACAGCUCAAAUGAUCCAAUGUCAGCCUACCCUUUCAAGCCCAACAUAGAAUGUACAAGUCACAAUGAAUCUUCUUCCCUGCGUACCACGCUAGGGGAGAUCGAAACUUCAAUUGAAGUUAACUUGCAGCGUCAAAUGAUCGAGCAUUUCAUCUCGAGGGAAGAAAAAUCGAGUCCAUGUCGAUCACAUGCUGGAGCAGUUCCUGGAUUGGUUCGGAAAACUAUGCUGGCACACCUCUGCGAUGAGCGAGCACAAUGGUCUACCGCUCUUCACGAUAUCCCAGCUAGGAUGAAAGUGUUCAUCGGUGGAGCUUCAUUCAAGCUCCGUCGCAAGAGCCGGGCUAAUUCAUGGCGUCUUGCAGAACGGGAAAUUUCUCUAUCCACGUUUGAGUUCUCGCAAAUCAGCAUGCGCAGCAUUGCUGCCACAAACAUGAAUUUGACGCACGACUUAUUGUUGUCGUUAUGCGGGCAACCAAGCACCAAGAUGCCCGUCCAUGCAUCUGGACGUCACGAGCAAAGACGCCCCCCACUUCCAAAAGCCAGAGUUCUGCUUGAGCAUCGAGAACAAGUUCGUGCUGUUUUGGAAGGUCUGCACGAUCGCAGAUUGCUCAGCAGAGCAACGGGGUCAGUCUUAAUGAUGGCAAAGAAUAUCGCAAAUAGUCACCACGCGCUUUGCGGACUAAGAGUAGAUAGCGCAUUGCACGUUCUACCUCCGGCGAUAGCACAAACGAGCGUGCUCUCAAAAUCAUCUUAUUUGCCCUUCGGUUGGCACAAAAUGACAACGAAUGCUGCUCACAGUACAGUUCCAUUUGCUCUAGACGCCCUUGGGACAGUGCUCGUACUCAAGUCUUGCUUCUCUCAACAAACUUUGCACUUGUUAGACCCGCUGGCCUUGGCUCUCGAUGUGAAGCACACAGAAAUGUGGUCUAAGAUUGCAAAUUCUGCGUCUAUGCUAUCUAUAACUCUUGAACCUACCAGGCGGAUGGCAUUUGUGCAAAGCUGUUGGCAAAUGUGGCAAACCGUUAUUGGAGAGCUUUCUGUGGUAGGUCAGAGACGGGCUCUUAGAGAUGACCAUUGCAUAAGCCCAGAGACUCACGAAAUGACCUUGCAGUCUUGUGGGACUUUGAGUGCCACACUAAAAUGUUUGAAGACUGUUCCUAGCGCCUUAACUUGUAGUGUCAUGCGGCAAACCUGUUGGCUUCGAGAAAGCCACUUGAGAGCCAAUAUUUUGAUUUUAGGGCGAUUUGCGUUAUUGAAGGCUGUGCAACUCGCGCUGCUUGACUUUUCUUUGAUCCGUGACACAACAACCUCGCUUGUAUUGGAGAUCUUAGUUGUGCAUACGUCUUUUGCGUUGGUCAUACUCCACGAUGCACAGGAAUCUAAAAAUUUGAAUUUAUGCAGUCAAGCCAUAGAAGGACUAACUCUUGCCACGGCAGUCUGUGACGCUGUUGGGAGCAGUAAACUCUGGCUGCGGUUUGCAAUGUCGCAAGCCCCAGCUUCUGCUUUCUUAGAUCAAAUUAUCAAAAAGCGCAUCGAAAUUGGCUUGCGCAGCGAUGGACUACCUCUUGCCUGGACCAAGCUUGAUGCAUUUGAGUGGAUGUCGACGAACAAUUCUGUACACUGUGGCGAUGGCGCGGGGGAGAUCCCUGUGCGGGGGAGAAUCAGUGACAUCAGUCGCUCCCAGGUCAGCCUCCUUCAGCACACAUGCACUGCGAUAAUCACGGAAAGCAAGGCUAAAUACGGUGGUAUAUCUGCUCAUACUGCCCGCUUAUUGGAGGCGGCCAAAAGCAGAAUGCCGGUAGCUUCAAGCACUCGAAGCCAGCGGCUACCAUCCUAG